CACAUUGAACCGUCUCUGUCUUUGUUCAAGCCAACAGUUGAAAUCUCUUCAAAAUGGAGUGUAUUAUUGCUCUUAUUUACGCCUUUGUUUUUAAUGCGUUUUCUCGUGUGACGUGGAGCUUCAGCAGAGUGAUUCACGUUCCCUUUUUCUGUUUUUGUUUGACUGCUGGACUCACCCUGACGACUUCUAUCAGGAUUCUGGACAAGCGUGAAGACUGCAAUCCACUGGAUCUUAAGAACUGCCAAAUUAAAAACUGUUCAGACGAACGCAUCGUCAAACCUAGACAAAACGCUCCAAACGGCCCAGAAGGGGGUUCCCAUCAUGUGGGUGUCUGGAUGGACGAACACGAACUUGUUUCUGUUGUGAAUGUAACAUGGGCAAUAAAGUCAGAUGGAAAUGUAAAUGUCCUUCGGGGAUCACAGAUAGAUAUUCUGGAUGAAGGUACAAAUCAAAGUUUGUGCGUGCAGUUCUCUUACAACCUCUACAGUCAGCAAAAUUCAAAAUAUAAUAAGUGGACAUUUUCCUUGGAUGGAGUCGUGGUAGAGCCUCAUCAUACAUAUAUGGUGUCCAUUUUGAAUCUACCAGAGGCUGAUUAUGAACCUGAGAGGCUUAGAAAGACCAUUACCAUCCCAGGAUGCAUUGACAAGAGAAUCCAAAAGGCCCAAAUGUGUCUGGAAAACGGAAGUCUUUGGGAUCAUCGAAUGAAUGCUUCGGUGUUUCUUAAUAAAGGACUUGGAAAGUUUUUCAUCAUUGUGCUUUUUGAAGCAGCAAAGUAUUCAGAGAUAUACCGAGUGUCCAUCCAGAGUCAAGGUUUCAGUUUCUCAAAGAAUCUCUCAAAGGAAAACAAAACAUCGCUGAAUGUGACAUUUGAGUUUGGUUGGUGGCAGCUUUCACAAUGUCAAAUGUUGUUAUUGAUUCAGCCGUUUUUUGUUCGAUGCAAGAAUGACUGUUGGAGUCCCAAGAAAAAUAUCGAUUUAUGCCAGUAUUAUCCACAACGGACUUUAAUUAUCAAGGCAUGCUUAGGACUGCUUGUCUUUGGUGGUUUUCUUGCCUUUUUACUGUGGAGAGCUUCCCAGAAAGAUCCUGUGAACACAUCCUUAUCUUCUGCCAAACAACAAACUGAAGGUUUUCAAGUGCGAGAGAGAAGAAGACUGCUCGUCAUUUACUCCCUCGACCACCCUUUAUACAAAAACAUUGUCCUGAAGCUUUGUGCCUUUCUGGAAACUAAAUGUGGGACUGAAGUGUUCCUGGAUCUGCUGGACUCUACAAGACUGGGAGUGUUGGGAAGCAUCCAGUGGCUGGACUGGCACAGAAAACAAAUUGAAAGCUCUAAAGACAAAAUACUAAUCCUAUGCUCAAGAGGAGUACAAGCCAAAUGGAAAGCCAUGUGUGGAGACAAACAGGUGUUUCUGAGAGAGGACGCUCGCUCAACUGUGGGUGACAUGCUCAGUCCAGCCCUCAGCCUCAUGGUCCCCCAUUUUAUCAGAUCUGCAUCAUUUGAAAAAUACAUAGUGGCUUACUUUGAUGAUGUUUGUUCUGAAGAGGAUGUUCCUUCACCUUUCAACAUAACAUUGCGAUACAAGCUGAUGAAACAGUUUGAGGAGCUCUUUUUCAGGAUCCUGGACACUGAGAAGCACGAGCCCGGCAAAGUAAACCACAUUGAUGGGCUGUCAGAGGACAAGUACCACCAGUGUGCCUCCGGGAGAGCCCUGAGGGACGCCAUAGACACUUUUCAUGAAUACCAGCUGGAGCAUCCCCAGUGGUUUGAAGAUGAAUUAUUGGAACAGUCAAAGUCCUCACCUGAAAUCUGCGAUGAUGCAAAAACAACCAUAAACCUCAUUAAAUAUCGUGUGGAUGAUUCAACUCAAGUCACCAAUCAUUUAAAUACACAAGACACUGAUUCCACUGUUGACACAUCAGGACUUUACGUGGCUGAAGAGCUUUAAAUGUGCACUUCAGUUGAGUUUACCCAACUUAUAUCUGAGAACAGCAUGUUUGAUUAAAUUGUGGUAGUGUUUUGGGA